UUUUUACAAUACCUUGAGAAAGUUAAGAAAGUUGGGGUUUCUAAUGGACAUGCUUGCCUUGGAAGUAUAUCUCAAAUGGGAACUUGUCGAAUGGGAAGUGAUCAGACUAAAUCCGUAGUCAAUCCUUUCGGAGAAUCAUGGGAUGUAAAAAGUCUUCACGUCGCAGACUCUAGUGUAUUUCCUACCUCGACUGGUGCCGGUCCAAUGAUAACAACAAUGAGCAUAGGGUUUUAUGUUGCAAAUUGUAUUCUUGCUGAAAAAGAAUUUGUCAAGAAGAGACAAAGUUCAAUGUUCGGUACAAAUCCAUACGGUACAGUUACUGAUGCUGAUAAGAAGUCAAAAAGAAGAUCAUUACUUUCUUUUAGUUCAAACCG